AUGUCAGAAAGUAAAUUAAAAGAUAUUAAGAUAAUAUUAAAUAAUAUUGUUUCCAUUAUUGUUUAUUCUCUAGAUUUAACCCCCAUAAAGUUAUGCUUUACAUAUCUUGAAAAUAUAGGAAAAGGAACAUUUGGUAUUGUAAUAAAAGUCAAAGAUGUUUCAAAUAAUAAGAUUUACGCUUUAAAAAAGGUUUAUCAGGAUCCAAAAAUUCGUAAUCGAGAGCUAGAUAUACUUAAACAGACCUCACAUAGAAACAUAGUAAAAUUACAUUUCUACAAUUAUGAAAAUGAAUCAACCGAUGGUAAAAUACUUAAUUUGUUUUUAGAUUAUUAUCCUUAUGAUUUUGAAACACUUAUACGACAAAAGAAGACAUUUUCCUCCGCAACAAUAAAAAAUUGGGCAGGUCAACUUAUUUCGGCUUUAGAAUACCUCCACAACAAAGGUAUCUGUCAUAGAGAUAUUAAACCAGCAAAUGUCUUAGUAGAUUCAUCUUUAGAUAAACUUGUUGUUUGCGAUAUGGGUAGUGCUAAGCAUCUUAAAAGUGGUCAAAAGAAUAUUGCUUAUAUAUCUAGUAGGUGUUAUAGAAGCCCAGAAAAUAUUUUAGAACACAGAAAUUAUAAUUUUAAAAUUGAUAUUUGGAGUGCAGGAUGUUUUCUCGUACAAUUACACACUGGAAAAGUACUUUUCAGAGGUAAUUCAAAUCAAAAUAUGUUAACUUUGAUUCUUAAAGCUGUUUCUGUAACUGAGGCUGAUUUGUUAGAAAUGGGCUGUAAGCAUAAAGUUUCAAAUCAUGGAGGCAUUAAAGAAUAUUUGAAAGAUUAUGUGGAUGAUCAUGUGCUUUUAAAUCUUUAUGAUCAUAUGUUGGUAUUUAAUCCACGUAAAAGAUCUAGUGCAAAAGAACUUUUAAAUUUGAUAAUUUAA